GUAUACCUCGAGGAUUAUACGGCGGAUUGACAAUAACCUAGGGGCCAACAUACAUACUUUGAAAAAGUCAAACGAUGGGAAGUCCGUAGGCAUCGAUGGCAGAGACUCUUAUAUUCAUUAGCGAUGUAUUCUUGCAAGCUACAUUCCUGUCCUGUAUUCUCUACAGCGGUUCCUUGCAUUAUGUGAUGUUAUUUUCUGCUGAUAGUAAGCUGCAUGCGGUUGUGACGUUGGCCAUGGGACAUGAGCUUACGAAUACGAAGAAUAAUUCCGAAGCAUGUGUGCUUGCAUUGGGUCUCCUCAGCACGUAGGUGUAAGUCUUGGCUGUUUCAUGAGUAAGUAGAUAUUCUUAAGAUGAAAUUGUUCUCCUAAUUUAAUAUGUCUUAUCUAGGGACGGAGUAG